AUGCCUCGCGAAACAAUUUUCAUUCCCACCUCUGUGGGUCGAAUUGAAGCAUACGUCUAUAUCCCAAAACAAACGCGACAAAUACUUCCCGUGGUAAUCUUAGGAUGCGGUGUGGGUGCAGUGAAAGCUGCUGGCUUACAAGCAUUCGCUCAAGCCUUCUGCGACGAAGGAUAUGCCGCCAUUGCCUUUGACUAUCUUACCUUUGGUGGCAGCGAAGGCACACCGCGACAUGUGGUCAUCGUCUGGAAUCAGUACCGUGAUUUUCGAAAUGUCGUCUCUUGGGCUCGCCAAGAUCCCCGUUUUGACUCUUCGCGCAUAGUCAUUUGGGGCACGAGCUUCGCGGGCAUGCAUGUCACACGGCUCUUGUCGGAGGACCCAAACAUUGUAGCGGGAAUUGCCCAGUGUCCAUGCGUUGACGCGGCGCUGGCCUCGCGAAUGAAACCCUUCUUGUCGACCCUUCGAUUGACAUUUUGGGCCGUUUGUGAUGGGAUUGGUUCAUUGUUCGGCGCAAACCCUAUCUACCUACAGGCAGCCGAUACGCGAAAUGGACGAAAUCUCUCUCUUAUGGCAGGGCAAGACGUUGUUGAAGGCUGGGAACUUCUCCACAAGUACAUUGGCGACAACGAGGGAGUCGACCCCUUCUACAACAAGAUUGCUGCCCGUUCUUUGCUAUCUUUCCCAAUCAGUCGACCCGCAACUGCGGCCCAUCUUAUUGUUGCUCCGUACCUGAUAGUUGUUCCAAAACAUGAUUCAGUUGCACCUAAGGAGGUUGCUAAACAAGUGGCCAAGGUAUCAAAGCAAGGGGAGCUCCUGGAGGUGGAGGGCGGCCAUUUCGAUGUUUACCGGGGUGGCGUGGGGUAUGAGAGAAACUUAAAGGGUCAGCUGGAAUUUCUGAAACGAGUGGUACCGCUUUAA